CGAAGACACCCGACGUGGAGCAGUUCUCUCGAUCAGGGAGAAAAUAAAACGCAUUUUGAAACGCAUAGUCAGACAGACAGAAACAACAAGGAAUGGCCUCUGCUAACAUUUCCUGGUCUGAGGAAAACUUUUCAUGUCCCAUCUGUCUGGAUGUGCUCAGCAGUCCAGUUUCCACACCAUGUGGACACAGCUUCUGCAGAACCUGUAUUACAAAGUUCUGGGAUGGAGAAGUUCAGUACAAAUGUCCUAUUUGCAACAAGAUUUUCCACACAAGACCUGAUCUACAGGUCAAUUUCCUCUUAUCAGAUCUGGCUGCUCAGUUUAGAACAACCGUACGAGUUGAAGCGGAGGAUGAGGAGGAAUAUGACGUGAAGACGGUCGAGUUGGGAAAGAUUGUAUCUAAAGUUCAGCAGAUGAUCCAGGAGAGAAGGGGAAAGAUUAAGGAGAUCAAAGACACGGUAGAAAUGAACAAGAAAGAUGCAGACAGAGAGAUAGCCGAUGGUGUGCAGGUCCUCGAAGCUCUGAGGCGCUGCAUUGAAAAGUGCCGGGAUGAUCUCAACCAAAUGGUUAAAGAGAGACUGAAAUCCACAGUGAAUCAAGCUGAAGACCUCAUCAAAGAGCUGGAGCAGGAAAUAGAAGAUCUGACCAAUAGAAGCUUAGAGAUGAAGCAGCUCUCACAGACUAAAGACCCCCUCCAUUUCCUCCAGGCCUUCAGAUCCCUGAAGGAUCCUCCACCCACCAGGGACUGGACGACGGUGGAGGUUCGUCCUCCGUCAUACGUAGGGACCUCGAGGAGAACCCUGGAUCAGCUGGAGGAGACACUGAACUCGCAGAUGAAGAAGCUGUGUGGUGCUGAACUGAAGAGGGUCCAGCAGUAUGAAGUACAUGUGACUCUGGAUCCUGAUACAGCUCAUCCCAGGCUCAUUCUGUCUGAAGAUGGGAAACAACUACAUGAUGGAGAGGUGGUCAAGAAACUCCCAGACAACCCUAAGAGGUUUACACGGCAUGUAUAUGUUCUCACGAGACAGAGCUUCUCCUCAGGGAGAUUUUACUUUGAGGUUCAGGUUAAAAAUAAGGCUGCAUGGUGUUUAGGUGUGGCCAUAGAGUCCAUCAACAGAAAAAGUCAGAUCACAGAGACCCCUGAGAAAGGUUUAUGGAUUCUAUACUUCAACAAGGACGGUUUGGUAUUUAGAGACCAUCCUGUUGUCCGUCUCCCUCUGAGAGCUGAGCUCCAGAAGGUGGGGGUGUUUGUUGAUUAUGAUGAGGGUCUGGUCUUCUUCUAUGAUGUGGAAGACAGGGUUCAUAUCUACUCUGCUACUGGCUGUACCUUUAGAGAGCCUCUCUAUCCAUUCCUCGGUCCAGGUCGCUAUAAUUAUGAAGGUAACAACUCUGCCCCCCUUAUCAUCUCACCCGUCAAUCAAUCAGACUAGGACCUUUGUUUACUAAUAAAAUAAUCAAACAACCAAAAUAACUAAUGUGGUUUCUUGAAUAAGAAUCUCUACUAUGUGAGAUCUGAGAGAACUGCAGCAAUGUCUUACUUAACAUAACAAGGAACAUUUCAUUAAGAAAAGAUCCCUGAAUCGUAUAAAAUAUUGUAAAUUAUUACAUUACAGGUUAUACUUUAUCGACUUUUUCUUAUGUUUUUUUAGAGGUUUAAUGCCCUACAGUUGUUUAUGUUUGCAGUAAUGUGUAACUUGUUUCAGGGAUUAAUGUUCACCGUAAUAUUCUAAUUAUUGCUUUUCUUCUGAAUCAUGAAUGACGAUGCAAUAAAAUGUAUGAAUCUAUGACAACACUUUUAUGAUUUAAAUAAAAAUGGAGAAAAGCGAA